GUCGGCUCAGUUUGCAGAAAAGGUGGCCAUACCACGCACUCCGAAUAUCAUCAUGUCUUCGUAUCAUUUAAGCACCCGGGAGCGAUUACUUGCCAUCGUAAAUGAUAUCGAAAUCGUUGCGAAGGAACUGAUUGAAAACACCAUCGCUCCGAAAGCGCAGAAAAUGUCCAGCACCGAUCAUGCACAAUUGGUGGAGCUACUCGUUCUAAAAGAUAAAGAGUUGAAAGCCACUCUGCAGCUGGCUGCCGAGCAGGCAGGCAUCGAAAAGAAAAUGGACGCUUUACGGGAGCAGGUGCGCAAACAGGACGAGGAGAUCAACCAGCUACAAAAGCAACUGAAGGAAGCGGAACAAAUCCUAGCGACGUCAAUAUUCCAAGCCCGACAAAAGCUGGCCAGCAUUACGAAGGCUAACAAGAGACCCGUAUCCUCGGAGGAACUGAUCAAAUUUGCGCACCGCAUCAGCGCGUCUCAUGCUAUCUGUGCACCGCUCACCUGGCAGCAGGGGGAUCUGCGUCGACCAUAUCCAACCGAUAUUGAAAUGCGCCUAGGGUUCCUUGGAAAAUCGGACCUCAAUAUCAACGGGCAUAAUAUGCAGCAUCCCAACAGCCUAAACGAGAUGCACCGGAAUACAUCCGCCGUGGCGGCUGGUAGUGGUGCCGGUGCCGGAGGUGAGAUACCAGCAUCCGCACAGAACCAAUUUGCCUGGCAUCCGUCGGGCGAACUGCACAUGUCCAUGGGUGCUGGAGGAGGGUCGGUUUCGCUGGACACAAGGGCACAUAAAGAUGCGUCCCAGGAUGAUGUCGAAGUUAUGUCCACUGAAAGUUCCAGCUCCAGCUCAAGCGACUCGCAAUGAGUCCGUGGAUGGUGGUGAUUACCUAGCAUUAAGCGUAAACUAUCUUAAGUGGCAUGAAAUGAAUCGAUACACAGUCCUGUCCAUUUGCAAGAGGAAGUCAUUAUUUAUUGCGAAGCAAUUCUACAACAGCCUGCCUUCUCAUUACAUGCAAGUGUGGGAUCAACUGAUGUUCCAAAUUCUGUUGAAUAUUUGAGAGCGUAUUGCCAAGUUGAUGCUUCCAACUGCAUCUUCCUCUAUGUUCGAAGCCAUCAGAGCUGUUUUAAGGAUGAAUUAGCUAAAUCACGGAUAAUUUCUCCCAGAACAGAAUUAAAAGAGGAUUAAUUUAAUAAACACCGAUUUAUGAAAUAACAACUGCUCUUCAGCAAAC